AUGAGUCUUAUAUUGUUAGGUCUGGUCAUCAUGCACCCACACCUCUGUGGCUUGCUGGUUUUCCUCUCAUUUCUCCUCAGCCUUUUGGUCUCCCAGCUACACAACUGGGUGGUGUUACAAGUCACCUACUUUAAGGAGGUAGAAAUUUCUCACUUCUUCUGUGACCCGUCUCAGCUCCUCAACCUUGCCUGUUCUGACGCCGUCACAAACGACAUCAUCCUGUACAUGGUCGGGGCCCUCUCUGGGUUUCUCCCUAUGUUGGGGAUCUUUUUCUCUUACUAUAAAAUUGUCUCUUCCAUUCUGAGAACCCCAUCAACAGGUGGGAAAUACAAAGCCUUUUCCACCUGCGCUUCUCACCUGUCGGUUGUUUGCUUAUUUUAUGGAACAGGGCUUGGGGUGUACCUCAGUUCAGUUUUCUCACUGUCUCCCCGAAAGGGUGCCGUGGCCUCGGUGGUGUACACGGUGGUCACCCCCAUGCUGAACCCCUUCAUCUACAGCCUGAGGAAUAGGGACAUCAAGAGGGCUAUGUGGAAGCUCUUGCACAAGACAACCUUUGCUAUCCAUUGGGAGUACGGGUUGGAAAAGGCAAAAGUGGGUACGUAG